AUGGAGGACCAAACUGACGUGGCAACAACACCGGCAACAACAACGGAUCGCGGACUCGUGUUGAUGCCGCGCCCUGUUGACGCGCUUGUUCCCCCUCCACGCUCGAUUGAUGGCAAUGUCGUGAUCGAUGGAGCGUGGAGCCCGCGAACCGAACCUCUUCGCGCCGAGAGCGAGACGCAGCGGCACGUCGGAUCAAUCGCCCAUUCUCCCCUCCUCUCGUUCGCGCAGCAGACUUCAGAGUCCGAAGUCCAGACGCGCUGCGCGCACACUGCAGCCUGCCUGACUUCCUUAACUUGCCUGCUUGUUUGCUGGGUCGCAGCCGGCGCUGCAUCGACGCGAUACACGUAUCGGUGCGUGGCUGCCGCUGUCAAGUGGAGAGACAUCAAGGACAGCCAAAGUAUUUCUUGCAGGAGCCAGCAACGCAGCGCUCCUGCACCUUGCUGCGGACGGCUCGCGCUCCAGCUAGAUUCUCGAGUCGAGAAAUGCGCGACUGGGGUACAUGUACUUGCGGUUGAACCUCGCCGAUGCGGCCACUUGCAAGUUGCUCCCAGAGACACCGCGGCAUGGACCCCGCUAAAAUUUAGUGCGGUUUCCGCUGCGAUCGGCAAACCCUUGGACUUCAUCGCUGUCAGAGGGUGCAUAGAGCCCAGGCCAGACCAGGGCUCCAUCUGUCGAGUCGACCGUGUCGAGCAACGCAAGCUCCCGUCAAACAGCGGGGGCGGAGAUCUGCCGCUGAAAAGGCUUACGCUUACGGGCCAGCCUCGAUGCGGGCAAGAGAUUCAAUCACCGCUUGGUGUUGACCCGCGCCGGCAAGCUGAAGCGCAAUGCCCGGGCGGCGUGACCAGAUGUCGGGCGCCGCUUCAACUACGAGCGCACGACCUGAUAAUGCCUGUGCUGGGGAGGAUCUCUGCAGUCGCAUCGAGUAUAGCAGUGCACGCAGCCAUGGCGCGGGUGCAACUUGAUCUCUGCGCGAUCUCGGGCCGCGGCAAAUCUCCGUUCUGGGCCCCGCCACUCAGUAUCACGAUCCGAAGAUCUCGAUGCCAUCGGCUCUCGCAGGAAAGAUCCGUGUCAAACAGCGCGGUAACGCCCGACGUCACUUGCAGCCCCCCCUCACAUCCUCGCGCCGACCAUGACGAGCCACGAGCAGCAGCAGCAGCAGGAGCCGCACCAGGUGGGCGUGGACGACCUGCACGAGGAGCUGGACACCACGCCCGUGCACGCGGCGGCUCGCGAGGGGAGCUGCGCGCCAUCCUGCUGUCGGACGCGGCGCAGGCCGUGGCGCUGGACAAGUACGGCCUCACGCCGCUGCACUGGGCCUGCGACCGCGGCCAGAGUGCGGCGGCCAGGCUGCUGCUGCAGCACGGCGCGGACGUGGACGCCGUGGAGAAGCGCAUGUUCAGGCGGCGCCCGCUGCACUUCGCCGUGCUGGCGAGCUCGGACGCCACGGUGCGCGAGCUGCUGGCGCACCACGCCGACGUGCUGGCCGUGGACUACCGCGGCUGGGCGCCGAUCCACGGCGCGGCCUACAGCGGGGACGUGGCCUCGCUGGCGGCGCUGCUGGACGCCGGGGCCAGCGCCACCACGCAGCUGACGGCGCGGCGCGAGACGGCGCUGCACGUCGCUGCCAGCCGGGGACUCGCGGAGGCUGCUCGCCUGCUGCUGAAGCGGAGCCCGGGCGACGACGCAUUGCUGGAGCUGGAGGACGACGAGGGCUCCACGGCGGCGCAGGUGGCGGCUCGCAGCGGGCACGAGAGCAUUGCGUGUCUGCUGGGACAGCACUGA